CCCGGCGUGGCGACGCUCUAGCAACCAUUUCUCAGUGGCCUACUCCCCGGUGCCCCGGCAGCCUCAGAGGUGCGCAGGUCUCAGUCUGGCUACAGAGCUGCAGCUCAGCGCGCGCCUGGUAAAUCUGUCAUGGCGAGGCUCCCAAAGCUGGCAGUCUUCGAUCUGGAUUACACGCUCUGGCCUUUCUGGGUGGACACUCACGUAGACCCUCCCUUCCACCAGAGCAGUGAUGGAUCUAUACGGGAUAGGCGGGGUCAGAGCAUCCGACUGUACCCCGAGGUGCCUGCGGUUCUGGAAAGAUUGCAGAGCCUUGGGGUGCCCGUCGCGGCCGCUUCACGGACAGGUGAGGUGGAGGGGGCCAACCAGCUACUGGAGCUCUUUGGGCUUGUCAGGUACUUUCUUCAUCGGGAAAUCUAUCCAGGCAGCAAGGUUACACACUUUGAGAGGUUGCAGCACAAGACUGGAGUUCCCUUCUCGCAGAUGAUCUUCUUUGAUGAUGAGAAGCGGAACGUCAGCAAACUGGGUGUUAUCUGCAUUCACAUCCAGAACGGGAUGAGUCUUCACACCCUAACUCAAGGAUUAGAAACGUUUGCAAAGGCCCAAGCUGGGCCCUAAGGUCUAGGCCUAUGGAUGUGCCUCAUCCAACGCGUAAAACUGAAAGGAAAUCAAGAAGGCAUUCUCAGGUGCAGUUGUACUUUAUUAAACUUUAUCUGCGUGAGAUAGAAAAAGACCUUCUCCAAGGUGUGGAUUGUUUCUAUUUUCUAUUGUGAAUGGAGUGGUUGUCCUGACAUGCCCAGACGAGAGCGUGGGAUUUAGACCCACAAGUUCUGCCUUCUACACCCCUUAACCCAGGCUGAGAUCCGGAGGUCCUGCAGAACUCUCUCACAACACGCGCAGAGGUGCCCUCCCAAAGCACAU